CACUCACUGACGAUGGCGGCUACCUAACCCACCUGCAGCAGAUUUCAAGGCGCGCGCACGGCUCCCUCCCAACCUCGUCACAGAGGCUCCCGUCGCUUGAUAUUUAAAUCGCGCCCCUGCGCGCAGAGAGCCACAAGCAUGCCUCGUCUCUAGAGAGGCAGGGCGCGACUUGGAGACGCUUUGGUUCAGAGAGAGAGAGAACUGUGCAGCCGCUGCUGAAGCAGAGCGCAGGAGUUUUAUCCCAACUUCACUGCUGCAGGUCGUUGAGACACAGCGACCUUGUUCUCAGGGAAACAUUCCUGGGGGAAACGGUACAAGUGAACACAUAGACACAAGUCACACGUACACACAAGCACAAUGCAGGAGUCGGAGCCCACAGUCUGCCAGCUGCAGCCCAACAUCAUCUCAGUGCGCCUUUUCAAGAGGAAGGUUGGUGGUUUGGGCUUCCUGGUGAAGCAGAGGGUGUCCAAGCCGCCUGUCAUUGUGUCAGACUUGAUUCGCGGCGGAGCAGCAGAAGAGUGUGGCCUGGUGCAGGUGGGCGACAUAGUGCUAGCCGUCAAUAACAAACCCCUGGUAGACCUUUCAUAUGAGCGAGCGUUGGAGACUUUGAAAAAUGUGUCGCCUGAGAGCCAUGCCGUGCUCAUCCUCCGAGGGCCCGAAGGGUUUACCACCCACCUGGAGACCACCCUGACCAGAGACGGCCGCCAGCGCACGGUGAGGAUCACCCGACCUGCCUUCCCAUCCUCAAAGUCCUUCGAUCAGUGGUCCCCUGUCAGUGCAUACAGCACCGGGCAGCAGCUCCACAAGGAGCCCCAGCUGAGGGCCAUUGAAAACCUGUCCUCUCCUUCCAUCACUCAAACGCUCUUGCAGAGGGGAGGGAUGCAGGGCCAGGACGGGGGCCGCGGAGCACUGCUGUGCAACGGGCUGGAAGAAAACAACGACCUGCUUAAGGAGAUCGAGCCGGUGUUGCAUCUCAUCAAAAACAGCAAAAAGGAGAUUAACGGUGAAGGCCAGCGGAAUGCCGGGAGAAGAGAUGCAGAGAUUCAAGUGGCAUGGGACCUCGGUGUGGGAAAUGAGACAUCCAUCCAGCUGGGUUCGGAUAAUGACAGAAUGUUGGAUCACGUGCCAGUGGCAGACCACAAUGCUGAUAUUGACAAGUCUACAGCCCAGGGCAGGAUCUCACCCAUUAAAUCGGUGCAGAAUGGCAGCCCCUCCAAAUGCCCUCGCUUCAUAAAGAUCAAGAACUGGGAGACAGGCACUCUCUACAAUGAUGUCCUCCACCACAGCUGCAGUAAGAUGCCAAUCUGCAGUGAAAACGUCUGCAAUGGUUCUGUGAUGGUGCCAAGUCAGGGUGUUCGCAAACCAGAUGAGGUCAGAACCAAAGAGGAACUUCUUCCCCUGGCCGCUGACUUCAUUGACCAAUACUACACCUCCAUCAAAAGGUUUGGCUCCAAGGCUCAUGUGGACAGAUGGGAGGAGGUGACAAAAGAGAUUGAAGCUUCAGGGACUUAUCAACUAAAAGACACCGAACUGAUUUAUGGAGCCAAGCACGCCUGGAGGAAUGCUGCCCGAUGUGUGGGACGGAUUCAGUGGUCCAAACUACAGGUUUUUGAUGCCAGAGACUGCACAACAGCCCAUGGAAUGUAUAACUACAUCUGUAACCAUAUCAAGUAUGCCACCAACAAAGGCAACCUUCGGUCAGCAAUCACCAUAUUUCCACAGAGAACCGAUGGCAAACAUGAUUUCAGAGUGUGGAACAGUCAGUUGAUUCGCUACGCAGGUUACAAACAACCUGAUGGAGGUAUUCUGGGAGACCCUGCUAAUGUUGAGUUCACAGAGAUCUGCAUGCAGCUUGGAUGGAAAGCACCAAAGGGUCGAUUUGACGUCCUUCCACUUCUGCUACAAGCCAAUGGAAAUGACCCUGAGCUUUUUGAGAUCCCUGAAGACCUAAUUCUGGAGGUUCCUAUCAUACAUCCAAAGUUUGAGUGGUUCAAGGACCUGGGGCUGAAGUGGUACGGCCUCCCAGCAGUUGCAAACAUGCUGCUAGAGAUUGGCGGUCUUGAAUUCACUGGAUGCCCCUUCAGUGGCUGGUACAUGGGCACAGAGAUUGGCGUGAGGGACUUCUGUGACAGCUCACGCUACAACAUUCUGGAGGAGGUUGCCAACAAGAUGGGCUUAGACACCAGGAAGACAUCUUCCCUUUGGAAAGACCAGGCACUUGUGGAGAUUAAUAUUGCUGUUCUCUACAGCUUUCAGACUUGCAAAGUGACCAUAGUGGACCAUCACUCAGCCACAGAGUCCUUCAUGAAGCACAUGGAGAACGAGUAUCGGGUGAGAGGAGGCUGCCCUGGAGACUGGGUGUGGAUUGUGCCUCCAAUGUCAGGAAGCAUUACGCCAGUCUUUCACCAAGAAAUGCUCAACUACCGUCUCACACCUUCCUUUGAGUACCAGCCUGAUCCUUGGAACACUCAUGUGUGGAAAGGAGUCAAUGGGACACCCACAAAGAAAAGGGCCAUCGGAUUUAAGAAGCUUGCCAAGGCUGUGAAAUUUUCUGCAAAGCUAAUGGGGCAAGCCAUGGCCAAGAGGGUUAAAGCCACCAUACUGUUUGCUACUGAAACAGGAAAAUCACAAGACUACGCCAAAACUCUCUGUGAAAUCUUCAAACACGCCUUUGAUGCCAAGGUCAUGUCCAUGGAUGAAUACGAUGUGGUGGACUUGGAGCAUGAGACGCUGGUUUUAGCUGUAACCAGCACAUUUGGCAAUGGGGAUCCACCUGAAAAUGGAGAGAAAUUCGGAGCUGCCUUAAUGGAAAUGCGCCACCCAACUUCCAACACAGAGGACAGAAAGAGCUACAAGGUUCGAUUCAACAGCGUGUCUUCUUACUCAGACACUCGAAAGUCCUCCAGUGACGAACCAGAGGCCAGGAUCAAUUUUGAGAGCACAGGACCUCUUGCUAAUGUCAGAUUUCCCCCAAAUCAGGCCCAGACAACCAACAGAGGGGGGAAAAAGAAGUUCAGGUUCUCAGUGUUUGGCCUUGGCUCCCGGGCCUACCCACACUUCUGCGCCUUUGCCCACGCUGUGGACACGCUUUUUGAAGAGCUGGGGGGUGAGCGCAUCCUACGCAUGGGAGAAGGAGAUGAGCUGUGUGGCCAGGAGGAAUCAUUCAGAACAUGGGCCAAGAAAGUUUUUAAGGCUGCCUGUGAUGUGUUCUGUGUUGGUGAUGAUGUGAACAUCGAGAAGGCUAAUGACUCCUUGAUCAGCAACGACCGUAGCUGGAAGAAGAGCAAGUUCCGCCUAACGUACACAGCUGAGGCCCCUGCGCUGACAGAAGCAUUAUACAGUGUCCACAAGAAGAAAGUACAUGGAGCAAUGAUGAUUGAAGCUCAAAACCUACAAAGUUCAAAAUCCAAUCGCUCAACCAUAUUAGUGAGGCUCGACACAAACAACCACGACAGCCUGCGCUACAAGCCUGGCGACCAUCUGGGCAUCUUCCCUGGCAACCACGAGGACCUGGUAACGGCACUCAUAGAUAAACUGGAGGAUGCUCCGCCUGUCAAUCAAAUCGUCAAAGUGGAGUUCCUGGAGGAGAGGAACACGGCACUAGGUGUUAUAAGUAAUUGGACCAAUGAGACCCGUAUUCCUCCCUGUACCAUCAACCAAGCUUUUCAGUACUUUCUGGACAUCACCACUCCACCGACCCCUGUGCUGCUGCAGCAGUUUGCAGCUCUGGCAACCAACGACAAGCAGAAAAGGAAAUUAGAAAUCCUUAGUAAGGGUUUGCAGGAGUACGAGGAAUGGAAGUGGUACAACAACCCUACACUAGUGGAGGUGCUGGACGAGUUCCCCUCCAUCCAGAUGCCGUCGACUCUGCUGCUCACUCAGCUUCCCCUGCUGCAACCUCGCUACUACUCCAUCAGCUCCUCUCCUGAUAUGUAUUCAGGAGAGAUUCACCUCACAGUAGCUGUGGUCUCUUAUCAUACCAGAGGUGGGCAAGGACCCAUCCAUCACGGAGUAUGUUCAUCGUGGCUCAACAGGAUAGAGAAAGGAGAAAUGGUACCGUGUUUUGUCCGAAGUGCACCGUCGUUCCAACUUCCAAAAGACAACAAAGCACCGUGUAUCCUCGUGGGUCCAGGAACGGGCAUCGCCCCAUUCAGAAGCUUCUGGCAACAAAGACUAUAUGACCUGGAGCAAAAUGGGAUUAAGUCUUGCCCCAUGAUCCUGGUGUUCGGUUGUCGACAGUCUGAGAUGGAUCACAUCUACAAGGAGGAGACUCUGCAGGCCAAGAACAGAGAAGUGUUCAAAGAGCUCUACGCUGCGUACUCCAGAGAACCUGGCAAACCAAAGAAAUAUGUGCAAGAUGUGCUGCGUGAGCAUCUGUCUGAAACUGUGUACCAGUGCCUGAGGAAGGAAGGAGGGCACAUCUACGUGUGUGGGGAUGUAACAAUGGCAGGAGAUGUUCUGAAGACCGUGCAGCAAAUCAUCAAGCAGCAAGGUCACAUGAGCAUAGAGGACGCUGGAUUCUACAUCAGCAAGCUUAGGGAUGAAAACCGAUACCACGAGGACAUCUUUGGGGUCACUCUGCGCACCUAUGAGGUCACCAAUCGACUUCGCUCAGAGUCCAUUGCCUACAUUGAAGAGAACAAAAAGGACUCGGAUGAGGUUUUCUGCUCAUAGGUCGAUGAAUGGAGGGCUUGCUGAACACAACCAGUCUGAACGACACGGCAACACUGGUUAAAGAAUACUGUGCCAACUUUUGUACUGUAAAGAAAAAAACAAAAAAGGGUUUUGUUUCUUUUUUUUUUAUAUACCACUUAAACAGUUCUGUUGGGCUCUGCAACUUUGUCUGUAGCAAGUUGGAAAUGUUCUGUUCUGAUAUCGUUUUUGCUUGUUGAUGAUACUUCCAAAAAUUUACAAAUUGAUCAUUAUGAUUCAUAAUGUGUGCACUUAGUGUAAUGAACUGCCUCAUUGUGAAUGCAUGACAAAGAAAUUAAUAUAAUCAAGAAAUAUAAUAUACUCUGUGUUAUUGUUGCAGUUAAAAGGCUUUUAUUGAGGUUAUAUAUUUGCAAGAAAAUGUGCACCAUUGAUUAAAAAAAAAGUUCUGUAUUAAAUUUGUCGACUUUACAUUUGGGAAUGUGUAGGGACUGGUAAAUCUGCUAUAUUUUGGGGGGUUUUAUUAUCAAUAAAGGCUUAAGUAGACAAAGUUAAGACAGUGAAGCAUGUACAGGCAUGUUGACAGACAAAAAAGAAAAAGAAAAAGUUUGGUGUGUUGACAAAUUUAAAUUGUGAUUUGGUCACAGCGUCGAUGAACGCAUCUAUUAAUGUGCCACUGGGAGUUCAUCAAAAGGCAUCAGCUUCAGGGCAAGUGCUCUUUAGUGGGAUGUUCAUCCUGUCAUAACAUUCAUAACAUUUUCAUGUCUCAGCUGGUGCUCUCCAAACAAUGAAAUCCAAGAGCUGCUCAGUCUUAAAUUCAAACAAAAAUGUGUUUAAAAUCUUAAGAGCCUUGAACAAAUUUAAAUGUUGUGUGAACUAGGGUACAAUGUAUCACGCUUAUAAUUACAGUAAAGGCAAAUUGUUUCGUAAAUUAUUGAAUUACAAAUUAAUAAAUUAAUGCAAAACAUGUAGGAUCAUGACUUAAAAAUGCUGGGAUUUGUUGAAGGGUUUAAUAAAAUGAUUUAUGGAUGUCACAAACAAGAUUUUUUGUUUUAUGAUAUUGAUCCAAGUAAUAUUAAGAUUAAGUGUAUGUUGAUUCGGUGUCUCGGAUACUUUUUAUACAGCACUGAUUUGCACACUACAGACCACAAUUACAAUAAAGUUAUCUCAGUCAAUGCAUGCAAAUUGUAGGCACUUCAGCAGCUCUGGAAGUUUGUGGACGUGCUUGAAAACACCAACUAUAUUCCUCAUGGUAGCCUCCUUUCCUGCAUUGCUGGAAUGUGUGUGUGUGUUAAACAGCCCACACAUCCCCACACAACUUCUUACAUAAAUGUUUAUAUACUUGCAUUGUUACAUGUUCACAUAUUGUGGGCAUGGUCUUUGGCAGUUUCCCAUAUAUUUACAUCUUCUUGAUUCACAAAAAUGCUGGGCAUGCAAACAUGGACUGUUCAGAUCCGUUCAAAAUUCAUCCAGUGGGCUGUAAGGCUAAGCAGUGACUUCAGGCAAACCUCCAAAGUAGAUCUAUAAUGUAAAGCAAGAAGCUGUAAUAUCAGAUGGUAUAUCUUGUUUAUGAUGGAUUAUUAGUUCUUUCCAGGAUAAACUGCAUCCGAGAUCAACAUAUCCACCCUAAAACUAUUCUUUCCAUCAUUCAAAUAGUUUGGUUCUGUUUUACUGCAGCCUCCUGGAAAUGUACCCCUUUUAGUUUCCUUCAUAGUGUUGCUUUAACUUACCUGCUUGCAAAAUUAGCUGAAAGAAAGUUGUGAAGUGCGACAACAGCUGCAAAUAUUUGUAGAGAGGCAGAGGUAUGGAGCAUUUACCAAUGUCAAAGCUUAAGCAGCUUAAAAAAAACACAUAAGCUUUCAGGAUGAGGGGUUAGUUUACUUUGCACAACUUUACUUUAAUCAAGAGACAAGUUAGACAAGUUUGGCACACUUAAUUUUGCAAGAAUUGCUGUUCAGGUUUUGGCAUUGCGAUUUCCUGGUGAGUACAAAAGCAAGAAGGUUGAGUUUUGUAAAAGGUCAUAGUUUAACUUUGAUCAUACUGCAACACAAGGCUAGAAUAUUUAUGCAGAAAUGAUCAUUUUGCACUUCACCACUAUUCCAGUGAUGAAAUACAGAUAAAAACAUUUUGGUAAUGGUGACUGAGAUUGUUACUAAAUAGAAUACAUAAAGAGGAAUAUAAGUUUAAGAUUUUGGUUUUACUGUAGAAUAGAUACUCUAAGAAAAUCUGUUCCCACAUUACCAAACCUGAAAACUCGCCUCAUGUGAACAGCUUUUUAUUUUUUACACUUUAGCUUUUGUACAGAACAAAAACUCCAAAUGUAACAUAAUGAGCUUUAAAUGUGCUGUUGGGAAGAAUUCACUACCUUUUUGAGAGUGCCAAUUCAUGUUUUUAAACUUUUUGCUUAGCUAAUUGCAUCCCAGCUGUAGCAUUAUAUUUACUCAAUUAUCAGCAAGCUGGAGAGCGUUUUCCCUCGACGCUGUUUUCUCAAGAAUUAGCUGCUUCAUAGCUAAACAUUAAGGAAAGCAAAUGAUGCUGCUCUGAUCAUAUCCGACAGCUGUCGACUUGCACAUUCAUCACCAAUGAAGCUUUUAAAGAAAAAUGCAGAAAAUGCAUUUGCAGCAUCUUUACUUGUCUGCCUCUUGCCUUACAUUACCUCUUUGCCAACAUUUGGUACAUUCAUUCAUUCAUUCACUUGGCUUUCUGCAUGUUUUCCUGUGGCUUAAGUGAGACCCCCCCUCUCGCUGUAAAAUAAACCCUGUCUGGUUGUCAGCAUGUGUGUAUUUGCCUGCCUACUUGUGCCCCAAAAAUCAUCUCCGGUGCACAUAUUUGAGUGGAUGUAAUCGAGCUUGAUCUCAGGUAUGUUUGUUCAUUCCUCCUGUUGUUUCUUUCAUUGUUCGUUUAAAAGCAAGACAAAAAGAAAAACAAAUCUCAAACAUGGACUUGACAUUAGCACGAGCCUGCAAAUUUGAGGUUGCAGAUGGUGUUUUGGUAGCAGGAAGCUGCCCACGUGGAUUUUAGCGACGAUCUCAGCAGGACAGUCCAAUUGUUUUAAGUUCUAAUUAAGGCUUCUGGUCGGAGAAAAGAGAUCAUCCCACACUGGCUUUGGUCAUUUGCUGCUUUAGUCAGAUUUGAAU